AAGGCCGAGAAGGGGGCGGGAGAAGCCGAAGUAGAACGGAAAGAGCCGAGCGGGCCGAAGAAAUCGAGCGUUUCCGGAAGCAGCCGAGCGGGAGCGGAAGAGACCGAAGCGGAAACAGGAAGAGGCCGCAGCAGAGACCGGAAGCGGAAGUCCCCCGCGCAGCCGAGCCAAGAUGGCGGCCGCCUGCGAUCACUGCGCGGCCGGCGGCGCUCCGUACACGUGUCCCCGCUGCAACCGCCGCCUCUGCUCCCUCGGCUGCUACCGCGGGCACGGGGCCUGCGCCGAGGCCUUCUACCGCGAGCAGGUGCUGCGGGAAUUGAGCUCCCAACCCCCUCCGGAGCCGUCCGAGAGGGCCCGGCUGAGGGACGCCAUCGGGAGGCUGCGGGACGGCGCGGGGCGGGGAGAAGAGCGCGGGUUGUGGGGGCGGCUGAGCGAGGAGCAAAAGGCCGAAUUCCGGAGGAUGCUGAAAAACGGGGAGGCCGCCCGGCUGCUGCCUCCGUGGAGGCCGUGGUGGUGGGGGAGGAGGAGGCUGGUGGAGGAGAUCGGGGAGGAGGGCUGGGCGGCCGGGAAGGGGACGAGCAGCAAGGGAGCGGCGGCCACCGGAGGCACGGACGGCAAGAGGGGGGAUGGUGUGGCCCAUAAGAGCAAGGGGGCGGCCAGGGGGGGCAAUGAGAGGGACGCCAGGGGGGGCAAAAAGGGCACAACCAGGGGGGGCAAUGAGAGGGUGGCCAGCAAGAGGGCAGCCAGUGCGGCCAACGUGGCCAAUGAGAGGACGGCCAACGUGGCCAACGAGGCUGAAGCCAAGGUAGCCAACGUGGUCAGUGAGAAUGAAGCCAAUGCAGCCAAUGAGAGAGCAGACAGCGCGGCCAACGUGGCCAAUGAGAGGACAGCCAACGUGGUCAACGUGGUUGGUGAGACUGAAGCCAGUGUGGCCAAUGAGAGGACAGGCAGUGUGGCCAACAAGAGCACAGCCAACAUGGCUGACAAGAGCGAAGCCGUUGUGACCAACAUGGCUGACAAGGGCACAGCCAACACGGCUGACAAGAGCGAAGCCAUCGUGGCCAACAGGAGUGAGGCCAUAAGGAAGGAGGAGGAGGAGAAAGGCAAGAAGAUGGAGUGCAGGGACACCAGUGACAGUGGGGACAGUGGUGGCAGUGGGGUCACCAAUGACAAUGGGGUCACCAGCGAUGAUAAGGACAGCGCUGAUAGGGUCACCGAUGACAACGGGGUCACCAACGACAAUGGGGUCACCAAUGAUGAUGAGGACAGCGCUGACAAUGGGGUCACUGACGACAAUAGGGUCACUGAUGACAAUGGGGUCACCAACGAUGAUGAGGACAGCGCUAACAGGGUCACCAAUGACAAUGGGGUCACCAACGAAGAUGAGGACAGCGCUGACAACGGGGUCACCAAUGACAGCAGUGUCACCGAUGACAGCAGUGUCACCAGUGACGACGAGGACAGCGCUGACGCCGGUGACACCGACACCGAUGAGGACGGCGCCGAUGACGACGCCGACGCCGGCAUUCCGGGCCCGACGCCCCCCACCCCCACCUCUGUGCCCCCCCUCAGCUCCUUCCGUGCUCCGACUCCGUCCCCGUUGCUGCGCUUCCAGCUUCCCAACGUUCUCUACGGUUACGCCUUCGCCCUCAGCCUCCACGUGGGGGACGAUUCCUUCCUCCCGGACGUCGCCGUGGCCGCCGUGGCCGUCUCAGCCGCUCUGCGUUGCCGUCGGCCCUUCUCCUCCACCGUGGAGGCUCUGCUGGAUGCCCGGCGCUCGGCCGAAGCCGCCGGAUACCCGCGGUGUCCUUUGGGCGAUGCCGGCACCCUUAUGGCCGUGGCUGAGCUGAUGAGGGGACGCAGCCGGCAUCGACCCACCGAGGACGUGGAGACGGCGUUGUAUCACAUGGAGGUGAUGCUGGAGAGGGCGGGGAGGAUGGGAAGGGGGGAGGAGAGGGAAAGGUUGGGCCGAGCGCGGAGGAAAUGUCGCUUCCUGCUGGCCUGGAGUCGGGAGAGAGGAGCGGCUGCGCUGGGGGAGAUGGCGGCUGAAACGGAGGAGCUGAGCGCCAAAAUGGCCGAGGGGGGGAGGGGGCCGUGGGGGGGGGAGAAGAAGCAGAGAGAGGGGAACCCAUGGAGAUGGGAAGCAUAGAAAGGGGAACCAGAGAGGGGAAGCAUGGAGAGGGGAACCAUGGAGAGGGGAACUCAUAGAGAAUAAAACCAUGGAGAGGAGAAUCAGAGAGACAGAAACCAUGGAGAUGGGAACCUAUAGAGAGUGGAACCAUAGAGAAGGGAACCAUGGAGAUGGGAACCAGAGGGAGGGGAACCUGUAGAGAUUGGAACCAGAGGGAGGGGAAUCAGAAGAACCAGAGAGGGAGAAAAGCAUGGAGAUGGGGAACCAUGGAGACUGGAACCUAUAGGAAGUGCAACCAUAGAGAAGGGAACCAUGGAGAGGGGAACCAGAGGGAGGAGAAGCAGACGACAGAAACCAUGGAGAGGGGAACCAUAGAGAGCAGAACCAUGGAAAGGGGAACCAGAGAGAGGGGAACCUGUAGAGAUGGGAACCAGAGGGAGGGGAAUCAGAAGAACCAGAGAGGGAGGAAAGCAUGGAGAUGGGAACUCAUGGAAAUUGGAACCAGAGAGAUGGGAACCACAGAGCAGAACUACGGAGAUGGGAACCGUAGGGAAGGGAACCAUGGAGAGGGGAACCAGAGAGAUGGGAACUCAUAGAGAGACAGGAACCACAGAGAUUGGAACCAUGGAGGUGGGAACCCAUAGAGUCUGGAACCAUAGAGAAGGGAACCAUGGAGAUGGAAACCAGAGAGAGAGGAAACCAGAGAGAAAGGAAACGAUGGAGAUGGGAACUCACAGAGAAGGGAACCAGAGGGGAACCAGAACCGUGGAGAGGGAAACCACAGAGAGGGGAAUCAUGGAGAUGGGAACCUAUAGAGAUGGGAACCAUGGAGAUGGGAACUGACAGAGAAUGGAACCAGAGAGGGGAAUCAGAGAGACAGAAACCAUCAAGAUGGGAACCAUGGAGACUGGAAUCAUGGAGAUGGGAACCAGAGGGACAGAAACCAUGGAGAUGGGAACCAGAGAGAGGGGAACCCAUGGAGAUCGGAACCAGAGAGAGGGGAAUCAGAGAGGAGAACCCGAGAGAGAGCAAAGCAUGGAGAUGGGAACUCAUGGAAAUUGGAACCAGAGAGAUGGGAACCAUAGAAAGGGGAACCAGAGAGAGGGGAACCACAGAGGAGAACCAUGGAGACAGAAACCACGGAGAUGGGAACCAUAGGGAAGGGAACCAUGGAAAUGGGAACCAUGGAAAUGGGAACCAGAGAGAGCAGAACCAUGGAAAGGGGAACCAGAGAGAGGGGAGCUCAGAAAGAGACAGGAACCAUAGAGAUGGGAACCUUGGAGAUGGGAACCAGAGAGAGCAGAACCACGGAGAUGGGGACCAUGGAGAUGGGAACCCAUAGAAACUGGAACCACGGAGAAGGGAACCAUGGAGAGGGGAACCCAUAGAGUCUGGAACCAUAGAGAAGGGAACCUUGGAGAUGGGAACCCAUAGAGAAGGGAACCAUGGAGAAGGGAAUCCAUAGAGACUGGAACCAUAGAGAAGGGAACCAUGGAGAGGAGAACCCAUAGAGAAGGGAACCAUGGAGAGGGGAACCCAUAGAGAAGGGAACCAUGGAGAGGGGAACCCAUAGAGACUGGAACCAUAGAGAAGGGAACCAUGGAGAUGGGAACCAGAGAGAGGAAAACCAGAGGGGACAGAAACCAUGGAGAGGGGAACCAGAGAAGGGGGGACCAGAGUGCAGGAUGAGAGAAGGGCCCCACAGUAAAGGACGAGGAAAGGGCUUCACAGGAACUGGAGAUGAUAAGUUAACAGAAGCAAACGUGCAGAGCUGUUAGAAGAAUGGGGACUGCAGGCACUGGGGCUGAGAGAAGGAGGGGAAGGGAACGUCAGGAGUUGGAGAACAGCCCGAGGGCGUCAGCAGGGGGCGAUAAAACGUGGGUGGGGGGCUGCCCCUCCUGCAGGGUCAGGAGAUCACGGCGAGGAAGACCGCGAUUCUUCAUCCCGCGACCACCAGGAGGAGACCCCCCGCCUCCCACCGCUCAGGCGUGAGGGGGAGGGUCUGCAUGCAAAUGAAAUCUAAUGAACAUGACUCCGAAUUCCUGGAAGGAGGAGUUUGAUUUCUGCGGGCUGUGACCGAAGCCACGCCCACAACCGCUCCAUGGCCACGCCCACAUAACCCUUGGCCACGCCCACAACCAAUCCCUGGUGUCUGCGUCAUCUCAGGCCACGCCCCCCUACAAAAAGCCAGCCCACUUAACUACAGGCCACGCUCCCCACAAGAAGCCACUUCCACAGCUGACUCCCUGACCACGCCCACAUAACGGAAGGCCACGCCUCCGACCAAGAACCACUCCGACCAAGAACCAACACCUGGUGCCUGCACCAGGCCACGCCCCCUACAAAAGCCACACCCCCAACAAAAAGCCACAUCCACAUAACCACAGGCCAUGCCCGCAACCAAUCCUUAGCCACGCCCACAUAACUCCAGGCCACGCCCACAACCAAUCCUUGAUGCCUGCAUCAACUCUAGCCACGCCCCCUAC